AUGACUACGAUACCUCAUUUGAGAGAGAAAUACAUCAGACAGAGGCAGACUGAAUCAUCAACACCACCAAGAAAUACAUCACACAGAGGAGGUGGAGUUUUUGGUGGUGGGUGGGCUAAAAUGGGUGGAGGAGGAAAUGGCGGUUCAGAUGGUUUCAGAGUUGAAGAAGGUGGAACAAAUGAUGUCAGUGAUGGUUGUGGUGGUGUUGGUGUUUGUGUUGGUGGUGUUGGGUAUGAACUAGCACCCUUGGGAGGUGGGUAUAAGCCUUUGCCCCAAAAGGUAUCGGCCCGAUUAAGGGCAGUAGCCGCAACUCUGAUCAACAAUUCGUCAUCUCUGAUUGCUAGGUUUGAGAUUUCUUCAAGUUGCAAGACGUCUGGGCCGCAGGAGCUUGUGAUCACUGCGGCCUUCAUGGUUGAAGGUGGUGGUGGUGCGAAUGAGAAUGGUGAUGAGGGGGUGUAG